UCUCUCUCUCUCUCUCUCUCUCUCUCUUUUCAUACUGGCUGCCCUGGGAGUCAGGUGGCUGAUUGUGCCCAGCAAGCCACUGCAGCUGCAACAGCAGCAGCAACAUCUCCUUUUUACCCUAGUUCUUCCGCGCCCAUUGAAGAGUUUGCUAGGCAUGGAUGCAGUAACUGUAUACCAUGGCAAAAUCAGCAGGGAGACCGGGGAGAAGCUCUUACUCGCUACGGGGCUGGAUGGAAGCUAUCUGCUGCGAGACAGCGAGAGUGUCCCUGGCGUGUACUGCCUGUGUGUUUUGUAUCAAGGUUACAUCUACACAUAUCGAGUGUCCCAGACAGAAACAGGUUCUUGGAGUGCUGAGACAGCACCUGGGGUACAUAAAAGAUUUUUCCGGAAAGUAAAAAAUCUCAUUUCAGCAUUUCAGAAGCCAGAUCAAGGCAUUGUAACGCCUCUGCAGUAUCCAGUUGAAAAGUCCUCGGCUAGGAGUCCACAGGCUACCACAGGGAGAAGAGAUUCUGAUAUCUGCCUGAAAGCGCCAUGAAGAAGAGUAACUCACUCUGUACUUUACUUCCAAUAAUUUAAGUAUGUGCCAAGUCUUGUAUAUUGUAGAUAAUACAGUUCAGGGAGCUGCAAAUGCCUUUUAAACAUGACUGUAAUAGCAUCUCGCCUGAUGUCAAAGCUGCAAGUGGACGCGGUAGAUAACAAGUGCUUUAAAGUGAGGACUGGAAAACAGAAUCCCUUAGGGUAUUUUUCGUUGCUGUAUUUACAAAUGAGAAUCAAUUUAAAAGCACAAUGAAGACUUUACACAAGAUUAAUGUUGAUUCUUGCCAAAUGUAAAUAAAAAUAAUCUCUCUCUUUUUUUGUUCAAAAGCUGCAUUUUGUGACUUAUUUCAUAGCUAUUGAUUUGCAAGCAUCUUGCUUGACUUCAUGGUAGCAAGGUGGUUGGUUGGUGGGCAGAUAUAUUAGCUAUGGUACCUGAGGCUUCUUUUGGGAUUUAUGAAGGUGUGUACUAGAUAAAGAGAAAAGAGUAUUUGUUUAAAUUUGAAAUCGACCUUCUUGCCUAGAGUUCUUCUGCUAAGCCAGUUAAAUCUUUGGACUAGUGGCGUGUGGUAGGUCAUAGUUUUCACUCCAGGACUUGAGAGGUGGAAGCCAGGUGAUCAAGAGUGUAGUAUCAUUUGGCUACAGGACACCCUUCUUCAAAAACAAAAUAAGCCCACAGACCAAACUGGAAUUUACAAGCCUAUGUUUCCAAGUUGGCUCUAAAUGUUUAUUGUACUUGAUGCUACACGUUUUGAAAUUAUGUUACAGAUCUGAUGAAAUGAAUGUUUCUUUUUCAUGUUGUUUCAACUGCAAGCAGAAAUGUAUUUGGAAGGGAACUCCUGUGGCUGCAUCCCGGAUCAGCUGAUCUGUAAUUAGGCAACACCACAAAAGCUUGUGGUUUCAUUAAGUUUCAGCAAUUCUGAGUCAUGUGAAGCCUAAGUAAGAGUUGGAUUAUAGGCAGUGUUGUCUUCUCACAUUUAUAUUUCCAUGGCUUUUGUGAUUGAUAGUAUGCCAAGUUGCUUCAGGGCUCACAGAAUUCAUUCACUCAAAAAGCAUAAUAGGGCACUGGGGGCACAGAAGUAGAAACACCUGUUUCAUGCCUUCAGGCCAUGCACUGUCCUUUUGGACAGGAAAACAGUAAGGGUAAAAACAAGAAAAAGAAAAUUGUAGAUGCAACAGUGACUGUAAAACUUGAUACAUAUGUAGGUGAAAAAGUUCUUAAUAUGUAGGUAUAUUUGUAUUUAGUGCUAGGAUGAAUCAGCAUAAAUGCUCUGGUCCAAAAUCCAUAGGCAAAUUAAUACCUUAGAACCCUUGAGCUUUCCCCCAAUCUUGUGAGCUUGGUUAAGAAUGCAUGAACUGCUAAGAGACAGGGCUAGUUAUGCAUCUGGAGCAUUUGACAUGGAUGCUUUGAGCAUGCAAAUAUGGAGUAUGGUGACAGUGACUCUCUGGGGACAACUUGCUAUUUGUUGAAAUAACAUCAUAAUUAACUUGCAAGGAAGUGAAGUAGUUUACUUUUAAGUUAAAACAAAAUACAUACUUUUAAAUACUUUAUUUAAAGAUAGGAUGUUGUGUAGUCCACGUUGAUCUCUGGCUUGCCGUGUAGCUGGGGAUCCUUCUGUUUUCAUCUCCUGAAUGCUUAUAUUAUAGUCAAGUGUCACCAUACCUGAUUUGUACAGCAUCAUGGCUUUAACCCAGGGAUUUGUGUAUGCUGGACAAGCACUCUCCCAACCAGACUACAUCCUCAGUCUCUAAAACUAUUUUUAAAAUCAUUUAGUUUGAAUUUAGAUUUCAAUGUGUGUUUUUAACUCUCUGAAAUCUGUUCAUUCUGGAAUAACUAAAUCUGUGAGUGGUAUUUAAGUGUUCCUUUAUAAAACUCUGUUUUGAAAAUGCUUUCUGAAACCAUUAGUGGCCUUCACCUUUUAAUAAAGUAUUUGAAAAUUUUA